UUCUUUAAUAUUUCAGACUUAUUUUUUUCGCUACUUUCCUCACGUCAAAUUAUAAUCUCAAUUCCCAGGAUUACAUAUUAGAUUGAUUUUCUUUUUAUUUUUCUCCAAGCUCACCCCAAUCCACUAUUGAUUGCAAAGAUUCAGGAAUUGUCGACCGCCAUUAUUGUAGAUUGCAAAGAUUCAGGAAUGGUCGACCGCCAUUAUUGUAGAGAUGCAUAUUGCCCGAGUGUUGCCUUGUUUUCAAGAAAUCUGAGUUUGUCGUUGUUUUCUUUUCUGCCGGUGCAUCUAUUUCGUUUUAUUUGUUUGUUCAUUUUUUCAGUAUGCUAUUGAGAUCGUGCUUGGAUCUGCUGAACCUCGAUGACUAUUCGAGCAAUCGGAAACCGCCGCGUCUAAUUUUUGUACCAAGCUUUUAUCCAAGAAAAAAAAUGGCUGAGAGGACCAUAAAGCAGGAGACAACAACAAUGGGGGAAAGGUGGAGAAAGAUGAAACGGAGAAAGAAGGGUAAUUUUGUAAUUUUCUUUUUCUGAUAGGUGAAUUUUCAAUAACACACGCAGUCAGUGCGCGUGUAAUACAAUUGCCAUUAAAUAUUAACGAUAGUGGUAUUUUUUUCAAUAUUUUCGAAACUAAAAAUAAGUAAUACAAAAUAGGCUAAAAUGGGCCUUCGAAAUAGCCCAAACUCAUAAUUUAGGCCCAUCAUCCGGCUAGUACUUUCCGGAAGCUUCGAGUAUAUAUAUAAGAAGCCGGUUACUGUUUAUCUUUCGACUUUCUUCCCGCGCAAGAAUUCUCAACGGGUAUGAACAUGGAUUUGACUUGGCUUCUUCUCCAAGCUACCUUUCUAUAUAUUUGCAGAGGCUUUUACCUGAUUCUCAACGUAGCAAACACUGCAAUUUCGAUUCAAUGGAAAGAGGAACGGAGGCUUUUCCAGACCUAGGCAGCCAUUGUCAGCACCUCGACUGCCGUCAGCUCGAUUUUCUACCUUUCACCUGCAACGCUUGUCGCAAGGUGUUCUGUUUAGAGCACAGAUCGUACAAGGCGCAUGAGUGCCCUAAUUCCGAAAUCGGUAGCCGCAAAGUAUUGGUCUGCGAGAUCUGCUCGUAUGCGAUCGAAACGACCGGUCAGGACGAGGAGGAGGAGAAGAAGAUUCUAGAGAAGCACUCGGAAUCAGGAGACUGCGAUCCUAAGAACAACAAAAAACCGAAAUGUCCGGUGCGGCGGUGCAAGGAGGUUCUGACGUUCUCGAACGUCGCCACGUGUAAGAGCUGCCGCGUCAGAAUCUGCCUCAAACACAGGUUUCCGGCGGAUCAUUCGUGCGCGCAGCUCAGGCUCAGGUCGGCGACGAAUCCAGGUAAACUAAGUAACAACAACCUUUUAGCUUUGAGAACUGCGAAGGAUUGUGGAGACAAAAUCAUCACCGGCGGAUCUAAUCCGCCGCCAUCUGUAAAAGCUUGGUGAUGAAUUAAAAUACCAAAUUCCAUUCCCACCAUUUCUGCUCUGUAUUGUAGCUGUACGGUCGAUCUGCCGUGACGUGUGAAUUUGAAGAAGAUCAAUUCAAUGCAUAGAAAUCCAAUGGCCUAAUUAA